GAGCUAGAAAUUCGACAAAAAUCACUAGAUCCUAAACAUGCUGAUGUAGGUAGGACUUUUUAUGAUCUUGGUAAGGUGUACCUUAAUAUUAAAGAAUAUGACAAAGCAAGAGAAUUUCUCGAAAAAGCGUUGGAAAUUGAACAAAAAUCACUAGGUCCUAAGCAUGUUGAUGUAGCUAGAACUUUUUAUGAUCUUGGUAAGGUGUACCUUUAUACUAAAGAAUAUGACAAAGCAAGAGAAUUUCUCGAAAAAGCGUUGGAAAUUGAGCAAAAAUCACUAGGUCCGAAGCAUGUUGAUGUAGCUAGAACUUUUUACGAUCUUGGUAAGGUGUACCUUUAUACUAAAGAAUAUGACAAAGCAAGAGAAUUUCUCGAAAAAGCGUUGGAAAUUGAACAAAAAUCACUAGGUCCUGAACAUAUUGAUGUAGCUACUACUUUAAACAAUCUUGGUAGUGUGUAUCAUGAUACCUAUAAUUAUGCCAAAGCCAAAGAUUGUUAUGAAAAAGCGUUGGAAAUUCAACAUAAAUCACUAGCUCCUGAACAUGUUGAUGUAGCUACGACUUUAAACAAUCUUGCUACUUUUACCUUUUAUAACAUUGGUAAUGUAUGCCUUAAAACUAAAGAAUAUGACAAAGCAAGAGAAUUUCUCGAAAAAGCGUUGGACAUUGAACAAAAAUCACUAGGACCUGAACAUAUUGAUGUAGCUGAGACUUUAAACUCUCUUGGUAAUGUGUACAAUGAGACCAACAAACUUACCAAAGCCAAAGAGUGUUAUGAAAAAGCGUUAGAAAUUCGACAAAAAUCACUUGGUCUAGAACAUGUUGAUGUAGCUGCGACUUUCAACAACCUUGGUAAUGUGUACCAUUGUACUAAAGAGUAUGACAAAGCAAGAGAAUUUCACGAAAAAGCGCUGGAAAUUCAACAAAAAUCACUAGAUCCUGAACAUGUUGAUGUUGCCAGAACUUUUUAUGAUCUUGGUAAGGUGUACCUUUAUACUAAACGAUAUGACAAAGCAAGAGAAUUUUUUGAAAAAGCGUUGAAAAUUGAACAAAAAUCACUAAGUCUGGAGCAUGUUGAUGUAGCUUUUACCUUUUAUAACAUUGGUAAUGUAUACCUUAAAACUAAAGAAUAUGACAAAGCAAGAGAAUUUCUCGAAAAAGCGUUGGAUAUUGAACAAAAAUCACUAGGACCUGAACAUGUUGAUGUAGCUACAACUUUAUACAAUCUUGGUAGUGUGUAUCAUGAGACCUAUAAUUAUGCCAAGGCCAAAGAGUGUUAUGAAAAAGCGUUGGAAAUUCAAAAUAAAUCACUUGGUCCUAAACAUGUUGAUGUAGCUACGACUUUAAACUAUCUUGGUGAUGUGUAUUGUGAAACCAACAACCAUGCCAAAGCCAAAGAGUGUUAUGAAAAAGCGUUAGAAAUUCGACAAAAAUCACUAGGUCCUGAACAUAUUGAUGUAGCUACUACUUUAAACAAUCUUGGUAGUGUGUAUCAUGAUACCUAUAAUUAUGCCAAAGCCAAAGAGAGUUAUGAAAAAGCGUUGGAAAUUCAACAUAAAUCACUAGCUCCUGAACAUGUUGAUGUAGCUACGACUUUAAACUAUCUUUGUGAUGUGUAUUGUGAGACCAACAACCAUGCCAAUGCCAAAAAGUGUUAUAAAAAAGCGUUAGAAAUUCGACAAAAAUCACUAAGUCCGGAACAUGUUGAUGUAGCUACGACUUUAAACAAUCUUGGUAAUUUAUACCUUCAAACUAAAGAAUAUGACAAAGCAAGAGAAUUUCUCGAAAAAGCGUUGGACAUUGAACAAAAAUCACUAGGUCCUGAACAUGUUGAUGUAGUUAGGACUUUUUAUGAUCUUGGUAAGGUGUACCUUUAUACUAAAGAAUAUGACAAAGCAAGAGAAUUUCUCCAAAAAGCGUUGGACAUUGAACAAAAAUCACUAGGUGCUGAACAUGUUAAUGUAGCUACGACUUUAAACUAUCUUGGUGAUGUGUAUUGUGAAACCCACAACCAUGCCAAAGCCAAAGAGUGUUAUGAAAAAUCGUUAGAAAUUCGACAAAAAUCACUAGGUCCUGGACAUGUUGAUGUAGCUACAACUUUAACCAAUCUUGGUAGUGUGUAUCAUGAUACCUAUAAUUACGCCAAAGCCAAAGAGUGUUAUGAAAAAGCGUUGGAAAUUCAACAUAAUUCACUUGGUCCUGAACAUGUUGAUGUAGCUACGACUUUAAACUAUCUUGGUUAUUUGUAUUGUGAGACCAACAACCACGCCAAAGCCACAGAGUGUUAUGAAAAAGCGUUGGAAAUUCGACAAAAAUCACUUGGUCCUGAAUAUGUUGAUGUAGCUUGGAUUUUAAACGAUCUAAGUAAUGUGUAUCCUUGUACUAAAGAUUAUGACAAAGCAAAAGAAUUACAUGAAAAAGCGUUAGAAAUUCCACAAAAAUCACUAGGUCCUGAACAUGUUGACGUGGCUACGACUUUAAACAAUCUUGGUAAUGUGUAUUGUCAUACCAACCAAUAUGCCAAAGCCAAAGAGUGUUGUGAAAAAGCGUUGGAAAUUCGACAAAAAUCAUUUGGUCUUGAACAUGUUGAUGUAGCUACGACUUUAAACAAUCUUGCUAAUGUGUAUCAUUCUACUAAACAAAAUGACAAAGCAAAUGAAUUUCAUGAGAAGGCGCAGGCAAUUAGAAAAAAAUUAUUUUCUUUGGAUCAUGUUGUUGUUACUGAAUCUUCGAACAGUAUUGAAAGAAACUCUGAUGAUACUGCUGAUAGUAAAUCCCCUUCAAACUUACACGCUCAUACGGAGAAAAUAGAAGAAAUUUACAAAAUUAUGCUAGAGAUUGUCGAAGAAAUUCCUGUUAAAUGGAAGAAUUUGGCAAUAUUUCUGAAUGUCAAAGAUGCGAAAAUAAAAAAAAUUGAAUUAAAUCAUCGUAACGUGAUCUGGCAAGGGUUUGAAAUGCUUAAGUCUUGGUUUGAAUCACGAGAAAAUAAGCAGUUUUGGUAUGAAGAACUUGCCGCUGCUUUACGCAAUAUCGAGAAAAAUCAUUUGGCUGAAGACGUUCUUUAUAAAGGUACGACUUUAAACAAGCUUGGUGAUGUGUACCAUCGUACUACAAAAUAUGACAAAUGAAAAGAAUUUCACGAAAAGGCAUUGGAAUUUCAACAAAAACCACUAAGUCCUGAACAUGUUGAUGUAGCUAUGACAUUAAACAUUCUUGGUAAUGUGUAUUAUGAUACCAAC